AUGGAUGUCUCAACAUCAGCAUCUCCUUCCUCUCCCCUCAACAUUACUAAUUCAAAAAAUGGGAAUGAGUCUGGUGCUCUGGCUAUACUGGAUGAAGCUUGCCAUGACUUUCCAUCUGAUGAGGACAUAGUUACAAUAAAUGGAGAAGGAGAUCCGUUACAUAUAGAUGCUGAGGCAGCCCUAGCAAGUAGUGUAAUUAUCGAACCGGCAAUAGGAAUGACAUUUACUGACGAAGAUGAAGCUUAUAAUUAUUAUAAAAAGUAUGCAAAAUUGGUAGGGUUUGGUAUAAGAAAGGGAAGGACGAUAUGGAAUCAUGGUGGAAGAAUUAGUCGGAUUUUAGAAUUCUAUAGGCAAGGUUUUCGUAGUGAGAUGUAUGAUGGAAGUGAAAAUGCUCACCCCCAUAAAAAAUGUGGAUGUCAUGCAAAGAUCCGCAUUAAGAAGAAUGAGAAUAAUAGAUGGGUUAUUGCGAAGGAUGUAAAAGAACACCAUCACAUUCUCACAACAGCCAAUAUGACUAGAUUCAUUCGCUCUCAUCGAAAGAUACCAAACACAGUGAAAAGGGUGAUUGACACAAUGGAGUCUUCUAUGGCUAAGUUUAGGGUUAUGAUUGUUUACCUUAUUGAAGAGGCUGGUGGGGCAGAAAAUGUCACUUCCAUUGAGAAAGACCUUGAGAAUCACAUAACUAGAAAAAUAAAAUAA